CCUUCUACAAACACAUCAAUACACUUGCAGGAGAGAGCAAGAGCUUGUUGUGAAGCCAUGAGUGGGGUUGGGGAGAUGAUUGGGAUGAUGAUCGCGAGUGCCUUGGUGAGGCAAAUCACUAGCAGGCUAAUCAAGAUCGCGGGAGAUGAGAUCUCUCUGCAGUGGAAGUUUAAAGGCAAGGUGGAUAAAAUGGUGGAGAAAAUGAAAUAUCUGGCAGCCGUGAUGCAUGAUGCUGACGAGAAGGUGCGCCGAGGAGGAAGGCAUGGAGAAAUAGUCGGGUUGUGGCUCAUGAAAUUGAAAUCUCUCUCCCACGACCUUGAGGAUCUGCUGGACGACUUGGACACUAAGAAUAACGAAGCAAAGCUCAAGGUAUUCUUUUCCCGGAACAAUCAGGCCUACCAGUGGAUAACCAGACCCCGCAAUUUGGAGGACUUGGGGAAGAGAAUAGAAGAAAUAAAAAAUGAGGGCAUGUCGUUCAAUCUGGAUCCUGAAGCACGGGUAGAACAAAGCAGAAAAAAAGAAACUUUUUCAGCCAACAGUGACCGAGGCACGACAGCUGGAAUGCAAGGGAGGAGCGCUGAAAAGGACAAGUUAAUCAGAUUGCUAUUGAGAACUGAAGCUAAUAAGAUCUCCAUCAUUCCAAUUGUUGGGCUUGGUGGUAUAGGGAAGACAACAUUGGCCCGAUCAGUUUUUGCAGACAAGAGGGUCAACGUCUUCGACAUCCAAGCCUGGGUUUUUGUGUCUGAGAAGUUUGAUUUGCAUAAAAUUGUGAGAACCAUCAUCAGAAGCAUUGAUACAAAUAUCAAUCUUGACAGCAAUGAUUUGGAGUUUCUACAUAAUAUUCUUCGAGGCAAACUUGCUGGUAAAAAGUACUUGAUUGUUUUGGAUGAUUUCUGGGAAGAAGAUGUUGAUAACCUGGAAGAGCUGAAGCAGAUGCUACAACAUGGCUCCAAUGGUAGUAAGAUUAUAGUUACUACGCGUCAACAAAGCGUAGUGAAAAAAAUGACCACCGGUUAUCUUGCACAUGAGACUGAGAGGGCAAUUCUCCCUGUGCAUGAGUCUGACCGAAUCAAUUUGGGUGUUCUGCCAACGGAUGACUGCUGGGAGUUAAUGAAGAUAAGGGCAUUUGGGCCUGAUGAUGACCAGAUUCCCUUUGAACAGAUCGGGUAUGAAAUUGCAAGUAAAUGUGGAGGUAUACCACUCGUGGCAAAUGCUUUUGGGAAAGUAAUGUCAGAAAAUAAGGACAUCAAGGCAUGGCAAGAUAUAAAAGUGAGGAUGGUUGAUUUGGGUUUGAGAGGUGAACAUCAAAAAGACACAUUAGAAUCCCUCAAGUUGAGCUAUUAUUUCAUGAAGCUAGAGUUCAAAAUUUGUUUCGCGUAUUUGGCGACAUUUCCCAAGGGAUUCAUUAUGGACACCAACCGUCUAAUCCAGCAAUGGAAAGCUCUUGGAUACAUUUAUUCAGAACAUGAUGGUAAAAGUUGCAUUGACUACCUUCUUGGGAUGUCGUUUCUUCAGAUUUCAGGACCUCCUUCGGCUAGUCAAAGUGUAGCACAUGCCAAUGCUUCUGUGGAGCUUACCAUGCAUGAUCUGGUACAUGAUCUUGCGAAAGUAAUUAUUGGUGAUGAAUUCCUUGUUUUGGAUGCUGAUGAUGCUACUGGGCUAAGGACUUCGAAAAAAGAUAUUCACUGCCGACAUGCAGAGUUGAUACAAUACAUGAAUCAAUCCAAGAAUCAAUCCAAAGGCCUACAAGAAUCAAUCCAGAUACAAUACAAGAAUCAAUCCGAAGUUUUCAAGUAUCUGCCAAAAAAGCUUAGAUCCCUCCAUAUUAGAGAUUCACAGAAAUGGCAACUCCCUCGAAAGGCCUUUUCUCGAUCCAAGUACAUGCGUGUCUUGGACCUGGCAUGUUCAGUAGGGCAAAUCUCUGAAGGGCAAUCUACGUCAAGCAAGAUCAGGCUGCCACGAUCCAUAAAAAAAAUGAAGCUUCUUAGGUACCUGGAUGCCACGGGAUUGCCAGUUUCUUCACUCUCUAAGUCUAUGCAUACACUUCAAAAUAUGGAAACUCUGAUAAUGUCCAAUUGCUCACUUGAAACCUUGCCUGACAAUGUCUGUAGCCUCCACAAACUUUGCUAUCUUGACCUAUCCGGUAAUAGAAGCCUUAAUAACUUACCUACAUUGUUGGGUAAGCUCUCUAAACUCUCUUUCCUGAACUUAUCGGGGUGUUCUAUACUCCAAGAGGUGCCGAAAUCCAUGUGCCAGCUGACAUGCUUACAACACCUAGACAUGUCAGAGUGUCGUGCCAUUCAAAAUCUCCCUGAUAAGUUUGGUAGCCUCCCAAAUAUCUUAUUCCUAAAUUUGUCAGGUUGUUCAAAAUUAACCAAACUACCUGACAGUGUUAACCUUGAGUCUUUGAAGCACCUCGACCUAUCAAGUUGCCACGAGCUAGAAAACCUGCCACAAGAUUUUGGUAAUCUUCAAAAUCUUGUGUUCUUAAGGCUCUCUGAUUGCUACAAGGUUUCAGUGCUCCCAGAAACAUUUUGCCAGCUUGUUCACCUGAAAUACCUAGAUCUUUCAGAUUGCCAUGGCCUUAGGGAACUCCCAGCGUGUUUUGGUAACCUUUCAGAGCUUCAUUCUUUGAACCUGACAAGUUGUUCCAAGCUACAAGUACUGCCUGACUCAUUCUGCAAGUUGUUUAAGCUGAGGCAUCUCAAUUUGUCAUAUUGUAUGAGACUAGAAGAGCUCCCACGCUCGUUAGGUGACCUUAAGCUUGAAUUAUUGGACAUCACUGCUGUAACUUUACAUGAUUUACCAGAUAGCAUCCGUGGCAUGACUACACUCACUCAACUUCUGGUCUCGUCAGCACAAGAAGCAGUGCUUGACAAGGUUCAUGACAUUCUGAAGCAUCUAACGCCAGAGAUGAAAGUACAUUAUGUAGAUCAGAUUGAAAACAAAGGAUGCAGCAGUAUUGUGGAGUUAGCACAGUUGACCUGUCAAGAGCUGCAAGUCUUACAACUUGAUAAUGUGAUGCAUCCGGAAGAUGCAGAGAGAGUGAAGUUGCGUGAUAAAAUAGAUCUUCGGGUGCUAAGUCUUGGUUGGGGAGACCAAGCAAAGGAGGGAAAAUCUGUGCUUGAGAGGCUCAUACCUCCUCGCACUCUUGAACGUUUUGUUCUACAGGGGUAUAUGAGCAAGGAUUUCCCUAACUGGAUGUCUGACAUCUCCACCUACCUUCCUUCUCUCACCUUUCUCUGCCUUUACAAUUUAGGAACAUGUGAUGAUCUUCCGCCAUUUGGGCAGCUACCAAAUUUAAGAGAUCUACAUAUGUACAAUAUUCCUAACAUCACAAAAAUUGGCAAGGAAUUCUAUGGAGGUGGAACCUGUAGGAAAUUAAGAGAUAUACAUCUGAAUUCAAUGGAGAAUUUGGAGGAAUGGUGGACAACACAGUCAGGUGAAGAAAAUGAAGAGUUCUUAAUCCCUAAUUUGCAUGGUUUGGAUAUAAUUGGCUGCCCCAAGUUAAAGUUCCUACCAUAUCCCCCGAGGAGUAUGUUUUGGUACUUGACUAACAGUAACAUGGUUUUACCGGAAGGGGGAUUUGGGAAGCUUUCGUCUUUGACUCUACCUUUUCAGAUGGUAGUAAGAAGCUGCCAUUUCGCCCCAGACAAGUGGGAUAGGCUUAAACACCUCCCCACCCUUGAGAUAUUUCAAGUUCUUUCCUGCAACGGCUUGAGGGCGUUGCCAGAGGUCUUUCGAUGCUUAACCUCCCUCACAAAACUAAAAUUAUCGUCCUUGAUGGACCUGGUGUUACUGCCUGAAUGGUUGGGGCACCUCACUUCUCUAGAAGUCAUUUACAUAGAUCAUUGUCCCAUGGUGACAUCUUUACCUGAAAGCAUGAAGAAUCUCACCGCUCUUAAAGAACUACGGUUGGACCAGUGCGAAGGUCUAAAAGUAUUGCCAGAAUGGCUGGGACAGCUCAUCUCCCUACAAGAUUUGCGUAUCACUCGUUGCCACAACCUGACAUCUUUGCCAGAAUGGAUGGGACAGCUCAAUAUCUCCCUAGAAGAUUUGCGUACAGGCACUGUUGGAUUAUCGCGUCCCACAACGUGACAUCUUUGCCGGUAAGCAUGAAGUGUCUUACUGCUCUCAGAUUACUAUGGUUGGGCCCAUGUGAAGGUCUAUACGUAAGCCAGAAUGGCUGGGACAGCUCAUCUCCCUUCAAGAAUUUAACACCAUUGAUUGUCCAAACCUGACACGUUUGCCUGAAAGCACACGGAACCUAGGUGCGUUGAAGAAACUCUGCAUUUGGGGCUGUCCUAGUCUGGUUGAGAGGUGACAAGGGGAGUACGCUGGCAUGAUUUCUCACAGCCAGCAACUCACAUUACAGAGAUGAACUAGAAGAACUAGAGUACAAGAGACGGGGUCGACUUCUGAAGACUGCGGGAGCAAGAGGAGCUGGGGGCGCAACAGUAUAUUGGCCGUGCAGUCAGUUGCUGCCUUCUGAUCCAACCACGCAGCGGCGGCGGCGCGCGGCGUCACCUGCAAGUAAAAAUCUUUCUGAAAAUCUGAUCGUAUUUGUUAUGUUUCACAUGUAAUUCUGAUAGUCUUUACAAAGGGUAAUGGCAGGAGUUUAGGAUUAAAGCAGGUUUGAUAUAAAAUGUUUACUUGAACUAGAGCUUCAAAUCUACGAGCAGAGCUAGGCAUUUUUCCGCAAAUUUUGGCAGCAACGUUCAGUACCUCACGGAAGUGAAGGAGUAACUAUGCACGUGGAGAGGACAUGAGGUUCAAGAAGACACAGGAUGCUCUCCUUGCCAGCAUUGAUGCGGGUGAGCAACGGACCGAUGGAGGUGGAUGCAAGAGUUUCGACAUGGAAUGGAAGGAGAGCGAAUCGAGCCUGCCAUGGGACAACAGGAUAGAAACACUCCUUCUGAUCUUGGAUCAUAUACUCACAUGGAGGAGGAGGAGAGCCAUGACGCGAUGUGGUCAAGUGGCAGACCAAAGUAUGAGGUUGCAACAACAUUGAUCUGCCCUUCUCCAGAUGCAUGGUGAACGUACCCCUUCUCUCUUGUCAGUUAAGACAGCAGCGACGGCCAAGGUCGGCGCGAUCUGGAAUCCAGCAGAGCAUGCAUGAUGUUUCCUCUGUUUGUAUUCUGAGCUGGAUGGCAGCGGACUGAUAGGCAAUCAGAAUCAGGCAGGGUGAACUACUGUGAUGCUCUGCAUGCGUUCAACCUGGGCCCUAUCUACAACGCUAGAUGGUGUACAUGGACCAGAAAUCAUGGGGAUGGUGUUUGCUAGCUGGGGAAGGCUGGUUAACGGUUACAGUAAUCUUGUCCUUUGUUGACAACAGCUAGACAAAUGUAACUUACGAGUUCGGUUAAAUGUGAAUUACUGACUGGUAAUAAA